ACGGGAUCUAAUUAGCGCCCAGUGACACUUAAUAUCAAUAUUAUUCAUGAUAAGAGCUACAAUGUUAGAGUUUUUUUUAAUUGAAGUCUAUGAAUAUUCUUCUAUGAUAAAUUUAACAUGCAUCCACCACAUUUGUAAUAGCCCAGAUAAGAAUUCAGAAACCUCUUUUUUUUUAAUAUAAUUGAUAACAUACAGCAUUGAGACUACAUUCAACUGGAAUAUAUGAACAUAACAUUCAAAUGAGGGAAAAAUCAAGUAAAGUUGAGAUGGUUAAUUCUUGUCUAUUAGCAUUUAAAAAGGAUUCGAAGUCC